GCAAAGCAAAACACAACAGUACUCAAUUGCUCGUAAUUCCGAUUCCAAAUCAAAAGCGAGUCGAGAACUUCCUCCAAGUCUCCAACUGCCAACCCACCCAUCUUAAACUACGCACCCCUCUUCUUAUCCUGCGCCUCGUUUCAGCUACGCGUUAUAAUCUUAUACCGUUGCUUCUUCUCACCGAAACUGAGUUCUCAGCUGCGGAGCUUUUACCUUUUCCUUUCAGAAAAGAAUCAUGAGUUGUUUUGGCUGUUGUGAAGAGGAUGAUUAUGCCAAGUCAGUUGAAAAUGGAGGACAAUAUGCCGUGAAAAACCCAGCAGGGAAUAAUGGAAACUAUCAUUCUUCUGAAACCGCAAAACCGCAGACCGUUAAAGUCCAACCCAUUGAAGUUCCUGCUAUACCGGCAGAUGAACUAAAAGAAAUUACAAAUAAUUUUGCACAAGAGGCUCUGGUUGGAGAGGGAUCAUAUGGAAGAGUAUAUCAUGCGGUUCUUAAAAGUGGGCAGGAUGCUGCAAUCAAGAAGUUAGAUGCUAGUAAACAGCCUGAUGAUGAAUUUUUGGCCCAAGUUUCAAUGGUAUCAAGGCUGAAGCAUGAAAAUUUUGUUCAGUUGCUUAGUUAUUGUGUUGAUGGAGGUUCCCGAGUUCUUGCUUAUGAAUUUGCUGCUAAUGGGUCUCUUCAUGAUAUCUUACAUGGCAGAAAAGGUGUAAAAGGAGCAAUACCUGGCCCAAUUUUGACAUGGGCACAGAGAGUGAAAAUUGCUGUAGGGGCUGCAAGAGGGCUUGAAUACUUGCAUGAGAAGGCUGAUCCCCACAUUAUCCACAGGGACAUCAAAUCAAGCAAUGUACUAAUCUUUGACGAUGAUGUUGCUAAAAUUGCAGAUUUUGAUUUGUCAAAUCAGGCUCCUGACAUGGCUGCACGUCUUCAUUCUACUCGUGUCCUUGGAACCUUUGGUUAUCAUGCACCAGAAUAUGCAAUGACUGGGCAAUUGAAUGCUAAGAGUGAUGUUUACAGUUUUGGUGUUGUCCUUCUGGAACUUUUGACUGGAAGGAAACCCGUUGAUCAUACACUACCACGUGGACAACAGAGUCUGGUUACUUGGGCUACACCAAGACUUAGCGAGGAUAAAGUCAAGCAGUGUGUUGAUCCGAAACUUGGAGCAGAAUAUCCACCCAAAGCAAUUGCUAAGAUGGCUGCUGUUGCUGCGUUGUGUGUUCAAUAUGAAGCUGAUUUUAGACCAAACAUGAGCAUUGUAGUCAAAGCUCUUCAACCUUUGUUGACGGCACGACAGGGACCUCCUGGUGAAACACCAAAUUAAUCUCUGUCUCUGUCUCUGCCUCUCUCUCUGAGUAUGUGCGCGAGUGUCAUGCAAAAAUUAUAAGAGAUUGUUACAGGAGGCGAUGCUAAAUUGUUCGAACAUGAUUUGUACCCAGUUUUUACAUUAUAUUCAUUUUGUUCAUAAUUCAUGAGGUUCUUUUUAA